UGUUCCCCAUUCCCUGAUUAGUUUAGUCCGUAUUUAAGGUCUGGUUUUGAGUUGAGUCUUUGUUGGAUCAUUCGUUUUGUUUCGUCUGCUAGUUCUGUUUAGCUCUGUUUGCCUGUUCUUGACCAUCCGUGAUUAAGGGAGGUUUUCAUCAAAUCUGCAUUCCGGCCUCUGCGUUUUGGUCCACUCCUGCUUCCCCACCUGACACUCUCAAAGAUGUCUCUUUAUUUGUUUUUCAACCAAGUAUAUGUGCAUUUAAUCUUUAAUUGAAACAAGUUUAUUUGUUUUGUUUUAUUUGUAACAUUAAAGCUAAAAUAUGUAGCGUUGUGUUUGUCUGCUACAAUUAGCAUCUACCAAAGAGUAUAAACUUACAAGAUAAUAUGUCAGUGCUUUGGUUGUUUGACCGAAACUGUUAUAAAUUGACUUUUAUUCAGUGUUCACAUUUUUAUGAUAAACAUUUUAGAUCUUGGUCCUUUUUUAUCUAUAUCUUAACCAGAUGAAGGACUUGAGUCAACUUUAGACGUCAUCUUAAGUUAUCAGAGAAGCAAGCUGGGCAAACGUUAGCAGCAGCUCAGCUAGCAGCCCCUCCUGGAUAUCCGGUGCUCACCGAAUAUCAUCAGAUAAACAUUGAUUUUUUUAUGUGAAACUGCUUAAGUCGGUAUUUUUAUGGCUUUAAUCCCAGUGUACGUUUUUGGAGAGGAGACCUUUGCAGAUAAUUCAGCUCUGGGUAGAAACCUGCUGAACAUCUGUAUCUUAAGUUAUCAUCAUCCCAACAAUGAGAAAUACAAUGGGUUCCAGGGUGUUUAUGUUGCUGAUUGGAGCUGUGUACAUCUACUAUCAGGUCCAUGCAGCAGACAUUGUAUACAUUGGUGAGCUGAUGGUGGAGAGUAAUGUCACACUGGAAAUGGAGACCAUCCUGUCAGCUUUGGAUUCAACUGUCAUCCAAGUGAACAAAAUCAACAGUGUGACCCUUUCAGACAGUGAACUGGUUGCAGAGUGCCUGAUUGUUGGAGAAAAAACCAAAUGCAACUGCUCUGACGGGUACGUUUGGAGCAAUGAUGUGUGCUACACUGAAAAAUGUUGCACUGAAUCUACAUGCAAACAAAACGUGUCGCACAUCACACCACUCUGCAUUGCCAAAGUCCAAGUUAAAAUCAAUGGAUCAAUUAUGUCGAAAUCCACCUGGGAUUCAUCCAAAGCAACAACGCUUCAAAAUGAAUUUAAAGGACUGAAUGGCUUUGAGUCCCUGAAUGUAACUCAGAGGCCAGGAAACAGCAUUGUUGAUUUUGAGGCAGCUGUCAGCGUCAAAGUUGAGACUUCUAAACUUCAAAGCAUAGUGACUCGGCUGGAAACCUCUCUUGCAGCUGUAAUUUGGGUCGACACUGUAGGAAUGGUCACCAUAGAGGCCCCAGACACUAAAGUGUGCGACAUGUCCAGCCCAGAACUGAAAUGCACUUUAGAGGAGGAGACGGACAGUGCUGGCUGGAACAUGAGCAAGAAGCACGAGCGCUUUGAGCUCAACAAAGGCAGUGUGGUGAAACUGAAUGACAAAUGUGCCACACAGGAAUACAAGUCUUGUACUGAAGUUACACUCCAGGAGGUGACAGGCUUGUGGGCAGGUAUAUACGAGUGUGGAUUCACUAGAGGGUCAGUCAGGCAUACAGCCAAGACACAGUUGAGAGUGGCACUCCUGCCUGAUGAGAUCACCCUGAAGAUCAAUCCUCUUACUGUGGACUGUUCGGAUAAGAAGGACAGUGACAGUGUUAUCGUGAAUGUCAUUGCCACCAUCCUAAACAGCACAGAGAGCUAUGUUGUUUGGUGGAGCUACAGGGGUAAAGGGAAAAAUAAUCUGGUGAAUACAUUUAAUGGGGAUUACCUGGUCUACUCUUUCGAUGCUCCUAUCUCUUGCAAGAAAUCCAUGGACGCACAAUACAUGAAUGUCACUUUUAAAAACACAGUUAAUCAAGAAAAAAGUCAACGAGUGGAUAUUCCAGUAAUCUACAGGGGUAAGCAAUUUUGCUCAAAGGAUGGGUUUUGGCCAAAAACUCCAGCUGGAGACACAGUGAUUAAUCGAACAUGUGAAGAGGGCAAGGUUGGCUAUAAGUCACGCACUUGUAAAGGCCCUGAGUGGGAGAACGUGUACUCUUCCUGUAUCAGCCAAGAGUUGAACAAGGUUUUAAAUGCAGCAGAUAACUUUAAGAAGGGACUAGGGGCUUCUCAGGAGGCGGCCGUGGGUAUAUUUGCAGGACUUUCAAACAGCUCUACAACUAAUUCAACUGAUCCAAGUAGCGUUAUGGCCGAAGUUGGUGCCUCCAUCGGUGUUUUAGAUGUGAUGUCCAGUGCAUCACAAAAUAUUGACUUAGAAGAGAGUGUCUUUCCUAGUUUUGUCGAUGCAGCAAGCAACUUGUUGAACAAACCCUGGGUUGGGGUCAACAAGUCUAUAAUUCAGAACAUGUCAUCAGAUUACCUUAUGUCUGUGGAAACUCUGGUGAAGAAUAUCAAGGUUAACACAAGCGAUGGAUUCAACAGUACAAAUCUAGAGCUUAAAUUCUGUAAUUCGAGUAGUGGCUGUAAUGUGUCUUUGUUUGACAUAGACGUGAAUCUAACAAAGACCUCCGGAAUUAUGAAAACUGUUGCUGUGAAAAAUAUAACGGAUAAAUUGCCCCACAGCCUGACCUACCUGACAACCAGCCUCUUAUUAUCAGUCACACUGGAAGACAGCGAUAAUUCAUCUUUAGAAAUUAGACUGGACUUCCCCAGGGAAGAGGGAAGUGAACCUGUUUGUGUCUUCUGGAAUACCACAGUGAGGGAGUGGUCGGAUGAAGGAUGCUCUACCAACAUUUCCAGUGAUGGAAACCACACACUCUGCGUGUGCAACCACUUGACUGCAUUCUCUGUCCUCAUGUCCAAGAGUGACAUAUCUGAUGCAACCCUAGAUAUGAUUACAAAUGUGGGCCUGGGUGUGUCCAUCUGCUCCUUGCUGAUCUUCCUUAUCAUUGAGUCUCUGGUUUGGUCAGCUGUGGUCCAAACAAACCUUUCACAUUUCCGUCACACAGCCAUGGUUAACAUUGCCUUGUUCCUCUUGCUCGGUGACUGCAGUUUCUUGGUUUCUUCCUACCUUGACAUUCUCAGUGACACCUGGUGUCUAGUUUUGACCAUAUGCAAACACCUCUUUUUCUUAGCCAUGUUCUGCUGGAUGCUGUGCUUGAGCGUCAUGCUCGUCCACCAGCUUAUCUUUGUCUUCAGCCCAGUGAGGAAAAGAGUCUUCAUGUUCCUCUCCAGCAUUGUGGGCUAUGUUUGCCCAAUCCUAAUAGUGGGAUCCAGCUAUGUGUAUUACAAAUACACUGACACGCCCUACUAUGAUAAGAAAAAUUGUUGGCUGAUUUAUGAAAAACUCUUGAAGGGAUCCAUAUAUGCUUUCAUCCUCCCUGUGGGAACUGUUAUUUUGACAAACCUCUUUUCCAUGGUGGUUGUCAUUCUUACUCUGUUGAAGUCCUCGAUACCUGAUAGCACCAAGACAGACGACAAGGAGACAGCCAAAAGUAUCCUUAAAGUGGUGGUCUUUCUAACCCCUCUCUUUGGAGUAACAUGGGCCAUUGGCCUCAUUGGGUUCAUAUUGGAUGAAAAGGAUCCCAUGAUAAAAGUUGUUAAUUACAGUUUCACCAUCCUCAAUUCCUUCCAGGGCCUUUUCAUUUUGCUGACGGGGUGUUUAACAGAGAAGAAGAUUCGAGAGGAACUGAAAAAACUCAUAACUGCAAAAUCAAAAGGACAAAAUGAGAGCAUGAAGAAGAGCAUGAAUUCAACCGUCUACACAAAAGACAGAUGAAGACAGAGACUGUGAAGACGGACCAAGAAGAAGGAAACAGCAACUCACACACAUACUAUGCAACUUCACGAACAGCCAUAUCUUUUUGUUUGCUUUGUAUUAGACUAUAGUUCCUGGGUAGUUUAGUGAAGCUUAUAAAACACAACACUGAUGUUUUGAUAUUUUUUAUUGAUUUGAUUGAAAACCAUUAUUGUUAGUAGUAGUAUUGACACUACUUGUGAUCUCCAUCAGCUGCAACUGGAAACAAAUUUCACAUUAAAUCAAAUCCUGCUCCAAGGAAUAAUGUGUAAUUCAAGGUCAUGUAUACAUUUGAAUACCAUUAUUUUCUCAAGGGGAGAGCAGACGCAGAUUUUUUUCCAUGUGCUACUGAAGUGAAAGUCAGUACUGAAUGGUCACUGUAUAUCUUUAAGGAGAGGCUUUAAUGCAUACCAACUCAAACCACAAUUGGAUUCUGGAUGGUCAGAUUGUAUUUGCUGACUGUAUAUAAAACAGAAUAGAUUUUCUAAGAUCGCUUGCUUGGUUUGAUCCUUUUAUUUAAAUGGAAAGUUUGUAAAUUUACACUGUUUGGCAUAAAUCAUAACCUGUACUAUACUAUGUGUGUAUAACUACUAUAUGUAUCUCAAAAAUAUGUAAUGAAAU